AUGUCAUUGUCGCAGCCAGCACCAGCACAGACCAUCACGAAUUUAAAAAGGUGGUCUGUUGCUGGUAAGGAUAUUCCUGACAUCUCGCAAAUAAAGGCAAUCCAUGUCUACGAUUUCGACAAUACAUUGUUCAGCAGCCCUCUGCCAAACCCACAGUUAUGGAACGGUUCGACCAUCGGCUAUCUGCAGACCUGGGAAGGCUUCGCUGGAGGAGGCUGGUGGCAUGAUCAAAACAUUCUCUGCGCGACAGGCGAAGGUGCCGACAUUGAAGAAACCCGAGCAUGGAAGGGAUGGUGGAAUGAGAAUGUGGUGCAAUUGGUCGAACUGAGCAUGAGGCAGAAAGACGCUUUGACGGUCCUACUCACUGGUCGCGGUGAAGCCAACUUCACUGACAUCAUCAAACGAAUCGUUGCAAGCCGCCAACUCGAAUUCGACCUGAUAUGUCUGAAGCCAGAAGUUGGUCCCAACGGGCAGCAAUUUGCAUCGACCAUGUCGUUCAAGCAAUCAUUCCUACAGGCUCUGGUGUCAACAUACAGUCAGGCAGAGGAAAUCCGAGUUUACGAGGAUCGAGUCAAGCACGUCAAAGGCUUUCGUGAGUUCUUUUCAACAUUGAAUGGGAAGCAUCAUCAUAUGAGAGAUGGUAGGAAGCCAAUUACUGCCGAGGUUAUUCACAUUGCAGAAGGCACGCGUCAUCUCGAUCCGGUCAACGAGGUUGCUGAAGUGCAAAAAUUGAUAAAUGAGCACAAUAAGCGAUAUCGCGACCCAGUAAGGAAUAUUACACAGUCGCCAUACGGGAGAUUAAAAAUUAGUCGAUCUGUUUUUCACACGGGUUAUCUCAUCAACAAUGCCGAUUCAUCUCGAUUAGUUUCGAAGUACCUACAACCUACGUUACCCGUUGGGUUGGCAGAUAAUAAUGAAGUGAAGCCAUUGGCCAACAUCAUACUGAUCUCUCCACGUCCGGCGCCAAAAUCCAUUCUUCAAAGGGCUGGUGGUAUUGGGAAGAAGCUCACCUGGCGAGUCACAGGCCUGGGCCAUUGGGAUAGCAAACUGUGGGCAGCACGCGUUCAACCUGUGCCAGAGAAGGAGCCUUUCUAUACAGAGAGUUUAGUCCCUGUCAUUGUACUUGGACUCCGGAAAGGUGCACGUCCCAUUGAUUCCAGUCGAAUUCAGAAUUGGCAGCCAGUAGAGCCGGUCGAUUCUCUAGUCAUCGAUACUGUUGUCGGCGAAAGGGCCAUCUUAAGGGUUGAGGAAGAUAACGUAAAUGAGGGUGACUGGGAGGGUCCAUAUAACAAGAACAGCAAAAGACGGCAUCCUCACGCCCGCCGAGAUGAAGACAUAACGAACACAGCUCGGGAUAGCUACGACUCUAAUCCUUAUCAACCACUUCAUGAGAAAUCUUCAUAUGGACGCUCUCAUCCAUAUGGGUCCCGCAGCCAGAGUGAUACCUACCGAGGUCGUGGCCGUGGGGGCCGUGGCUCCGGCUCCGCAAGAGGAAGAGGAAACUCAUCUCGCGGUGGUGGGCGCGGUCGUGGACGUGGCGGAUCUGCUGCUGGCGGCAAUGCUAGUUUCUAUCGCUCUCUGGACGAUCAACAUAUGAGCUCAGACGGCCCGUAUGAUUCUCGAAACGGCCAUGGGAGUUCCAGCGGUGGUACACAGCCCAUGAAUUAUUGA